CGAUGGUCACCAGUUCCAUGUCAUGCCCGUCUCUCUCUCUCUUUCCCGCUCCCCAGUCCCACUCUCAACUUCAGCUCUGCGUUUCGCUUAAACCCUCUUAUCUGAACUGGGGUAGCUUUUCUUUUUUUCUUUCUUAGGGUUUAUUUGUUAUCUGCUUUGCUCUGUCGAGUCCUCUCGCCGAACUCUUUUCAGAUGAAACGCUUCGACCCAUGAAGCUUGAGACACUGUCUUCUCCAUUCACCAGCUCUAAGCUUCUUCUCAUGCACCAGAAAAUGGCUGCUUUCAGUGUCCUCUCCCCCUGUUCUCACUUCCUCCCGCGCUUGCCGAGCCGUAGCAGUCGCCUUGUUUCUUGCUCUGUUGGCUCUCCCGCUAUUGUCGAUACACGUGGAUCUAAAGUACCAAGAAAAAGGGUCGGGAGAAUGGAUGGUGCGGGAAAGACUAUGGAAGAUUCCGUUAAACGCAAGAUGGAACAGUUUUAUGAGGGGUCUAAUGGCCCGCCACUCCGUAUUCUUCCAAUUGGUGGGCUCGGUGAGAUUGGAAUGAAUUGCAUGCUUGUUGGGAAUUUUGACCGCUACAUCCUUAUUGAUGCUGGUGUCAUGUUUCCAGACUAUGAUGAGCUUGGAGUACAGAAGAUCAUACCUGACACAACAUUUAUCAAAAGAUGGAGCCAUAAAAUUGAAGCAGUUGUAAUAACUCAUGGCCAUGAAGACCACAUCGGUGCGUUGCCGUGGGUUGUCCCAGCUUUGGAUUCAUGUACACCAAUAUAUGCAUCAUCCUUCACAAUGGAGCUUAUAAAAAAGCGUUUGAAGGAGAAUGGGAUAUUUGUUCCGUCUAGACUGAAGGUUUUUAAAAUGAAGAAGAGAUUUAUGGCUGGGCCUUUUGAGAUAGAGCCUAUAAGAGUGACCCAUUCCAUUCCUGAUUGUUGUGGAUUAGUUCUUCGCUGCACUGAUGGGACAAUUUUACAUACGGGGGACUGGAAAAUUGAUGAAUCUCCAUUGGAUGGGAAUGUUUUUGAUCGUGAAUCUCUGGAAGAGCUCUCAAAAGAAGGAGUGACAUUGAUGAUGAGUGAUUCAACAAAUGUGCUUUCUCCUGGGAGGACAGUCAGUGAAGCUGUUGUGGCCGAUUCAUUGAUAAGACAUAUUUCCGAAGCUAAAGGGAGAGUUAUCACUACUCAGUUUGCCUCAAACAUACACCGACUAGGAAGUAUAAAAACUGCUGCCGAUUUAACGGGUAGAAAGAUGGUUCUUGUUGGCAUGUCUCUGAGGACAUAUCUUGAUGCAGCAUGGAAGGAUGGGAAGGGAUCAAUUGAUCCGUCAACCCUGAUUAAAGCUGAAGAUAUUGAUGCAUAUGCUCCAAAAGACUUACUAAUCGUUACGACUGGUUCUCAAGUAAGGAAUUUACAUUCCUCAGUUAUAGUAUUGCUUUAUAAUCUUAUUUGCUCCUGUUGUUUAUGGCUACGCCUCUUGUUUGGUCAGGCAGAACCACGGGCGGCUUUGAAUCUUGCUUCUUAUGGUGGGAGUCAUUCCCUCAAAUUGAUGAAGGAUGAUAUAAUAUUGUAUUCAGCUAAGGUUAUUCCUGGUAAUGAAACUCGUGUGAUGAAGAUGAUGAAUCGUAUAGCUGAGAUUGGAUCUAACAUAGUGAUGGGAAGGAAUGCAAUGCUCCACACUUCUGGUCAUGGAUAUCGCGAGGAGCUGGAUGAAGUGCUUAAACUUGUUAAGCCACAACAUUUUGUACCCGUGCAUGGAGAACUCUUGUUCCUGAAAGAGCAUGAAUUGCUCGGUAAAUCAACCGGCAUUCGUCACACAACUGUCAUUAAGAACGGAGAGAUGCUUGGGGUCUCUCAUUUGAGGAACAGAAGGGUUCUGUCUAACGGUUUUACCUCUCUAGGAAAAGAGAAUUUGCAGUUGAUGUAUAGCGACGGUGAUAAAGCAUUUGGUACAUCAACCGAGCUGUGUGUUGAUGAGAGACUCAGAAUUGCAUCAGAUGGCAUCAUUGUGGUCAGUAUGGAAAUUUGGCGGCCUCAAGACAUAGAAGGUAUGACAGAAAGAAGCUUAAAAGGGAAGAUACGCAUCACUACCCGUUGUUUGUGGCUCGACAAAGGGAAACUUCUGGACGCACUUCAUAAAGCUGCCCAUGCAGCUCUUUCAAGCUGUCCUGUAAACUGUCCUCUGGCACACAUGGAAAGGACAGUCUCCGAGCUUCUGAGAAAAAUGGUGCGAAAAUAUAGUGGCAAAAGGCCUGAAGUCAUUGCAAUUGCUGUGGAAAAUCCUGAAGCGGUUCUCUCAGAUGAGAUCCAGGAGAGGUUAUCGGGCAGAUCACAAGUUACCUUUGGGAUGUCACCCUUGAAAAAGGUGGUAGGUGGAAGUCCAAAGAAAACAAAGUCCAGCAAGAAGGGAGUGGAAGGUGAGAAAGAAAGUCAACACCCAGAUAAUUAUUCAGAAGAAGAGUCCUUAGGUGUUGAACCCCACAGAAUACUGCCAGAAGAUGAAACUGCAAUUGCAAGUUCAGAUGUGUUGGAAUCGGAAAGUCCAGCUGCUAAUUCUGAUAAUUUUUGGAGUUCAUUUCUCUCAUCGUCAUCACCUUCUGUUGACGAGACAGUGAAGAAUGAGAAUGGCUCCAUGCUGAAAGAGGAGCAUGAAGCGGAGAUUAUUACAAGUGAUGCUUCAGAUGUGAGUGAAGGUGAGUCCUCGGACUUGGAGUUGCCGAGUUCUCAAGAAAAACCUAGAAAGACUGUUCGGAGAAACAAAUGGAAGCCUGAGGAGGUUAAGAAGCUGAUUAAAUUGCGUGGAGAACUGCACAGCAAAUUUCAGGUUGUGAAGGGGAGAAUGGCCCUCUGGGAUGAGAUAUCUACGGACUUAUCAGCACACGGUUUCUCUCGAAGUUCAGCACAGUGUAAAUCGUUGUGGGCUUCUCUCGUGCAGAAAUAUGAGGAAAUUAAGAGUGGGAACAAGAGCAAGAAAAGCUGGCCAUAUUUUGAGGAAAUGAAUGCAAUUUUGUCAGAUUUGGGGGAAACAGCCACGGCAAAGUAAGCAAUUCUUGUACGAUACGAGGCAACUGAGCCUGCUCAUCUUUUAUACAUGGAAGAAGCCGUCCUCAGGGUGCAAUCUCCAUGAAUAAGCUUGGACAUGAAUGGCCCUGGCCCCUGAUAUCGAGUCUGGGAGCAGAUUUUGUCCUGGAAUAGUGCGUUAUUAGUAUUAUGGGUUGCUUUAGAGAAUCACCAGUGAGUGGACGUUGAUUCUUUGUACUGACAGAAUGGCAUGUCCCUUUGUAAAACUGACCUACUCGCAUUAAAAUUUUCACAUAUAGAAGAGAUGCGUGUAGAGUUCGGGUCGUGUUGAAUGGACAUGCAUUAUUUUUUGCUGAAUUGAUAUAUAGAAGAGCUGCUGGAACACUCUCGUGAUA